AUGGGUCUUCGUACGCAUAUUCCGACCCUGCCCUACGAGAAGCGACUCUCAAAAGUGGACACUCUGCGCCUAGCCAUAGGGUACAUCCACUUCCUACAAGACCUUAUAGACAGUGCCUCCAGUCAACCGGACUCAGCCGAAAGCACGGAAACUGAUCCCCAUUUGGCGGACUUCGCUGUUGACCUGUCGCCAGGUUGCUCUCUUCUAGCGGAAAUGGCCGGCUCCGAGAGUCCUCAUCUUACAGGUGGGUGA